AUGUGCUGGGCACCCCAUGCGAGAUCCAGGGAAAGCCUUGCAAGAGGUCAUGACCUGGGAGCCUCCAAACAAGGCACUGGUGCCUGGCUCUUCCUGUCACUGAGAUGUCCCUGCAGGCAGAGGAAGCUGAAGAGCGAGGUGGAGAAGCACAGACUUUUUGAAGACUCUCUGACUGAGGUCCUUGAGAAGAUCCCCAAGGAUAUUGAAGGGGAGGGGCCGGAGGAGGCCCUCAUGGAGACCGUGGUGGAGCACUACGGGAAGCUCUUCGCCAUCAACCAGGACAUCCAGAAGCAUCUGGAGGCCUUCUCCAAGAGGAACCAGGUCGUCCACCAGAGCCUGGGGUCUCUAGAGGAGAGUCAUAGGGCUCUUACCCCGAGCCUCAAGAUUCCGCUGUGUCAGCUGCAAAAGAGGUGUCGCCGCAAGCAGGAACAGCGGUGACAGUUGGAACACCAUGUUGCCUACCAGAGAGACGUGGACAGCUGUGAUGUGGGAAGCAAGGCUGUCACUGCUGACCACAGCCCCAGAGACCUGAAGCCCAGGACUCCGGGGCUGCCCAGAGUGAGGAGCUCUGGGUUCCUCCAGCCCCCUUCCCAGCCCCUGCUCCAGGAAGAGCUGCUCAACUACAUGCACGUGGCCAUCAACAACAUGGUCCAGCAGUGUUCGCCCUCCACCCACAGCGUGCCCAAGAGCAGGGACCUCUUCUCCAAGCUCGACCUGAUUCAGGAAUUUAUGUUGGACAAAAUGGAGACGGUGAGAUUUAUAUCACUGCGCGUGGAACCCAGAGUGUGCUGGUCAGCGGACAGUUACAAGAGUGAGGGCCUCAGAAGAUACCCCAGGUCCUUCAGGAAAUGCCCAAGGGAUCGAGAUUCGAUCCCCCAAACGCCCUUUCCCAGCACCCAGACUUCAGCACGCUCCAGCCCGUACGGACCAGGCCGGCCACCAAGCCAGCCCUGCUAG